AUGCCUCUGCUGGACAUGGUUUCCUGGAAUGGAAUAUUGGCUUCAUAUGCGCGAGAGGGUUUGAUUCCGGCAAUGGAAGAGAUAUUUGCCUUGAUGCCUGGAAGGAAUCUAAUCUCUUGGACUUGUGUCUUGAACGCAUAUGCCCAGAUUGGGUAUAUUCGGGAAGCGGAGAGGAUCUUUGAAGCCAUGCCGGAAAGGAAUCUCGUGUCAUGGACGUGUAUGGUCACGGCUUAUGUCGUGGUGAUGGAUUUAAGCAAUGCAAUACAAGUGUUUAAUGUGAUGCCUGAGUGGAAUCUUGUGUGUUUUAACGCAAUGCUUGGAGCGCAUAUUCAUAUGGGAGUGUUUUCUCAGAUGCAAGCGUUCUUCAAGGAAAUGCCAGAGGCGGAUUUAAUCUCCUGGGUGUCAAUUCUUACAAUUUGCGUAAGAGAGAAUGAUCUUGUCAAAGCUAUUGAGGUUUAUGACAAAAUGCCACAACGAAAUCUGGUGGCAAUGAACGUCAUGCUCUCUGGCUAUGCCGAAAGUGGAGAUGUUGGCAAGGCAAAAUCUUUUUUUGAUCAAAUGCCUGCUCACAGCAACGUCUCUUUGACAUUGAUGCUAAAUCUUUACACUCAAACUGGAAAUCUUGAAGCCGCAAAGGACUUCUUUGACAAAAUUCUGCCCAAAGAUAUCAUUUCUAACAAUUCUAUGCUUUCUGCAUUUGCUUGUUCGGGGCAUCUAGAGGAAUCGGAGAGAAUGUUUUACAGCCUACCAGAGUGGAGCCUCGCUUCAUGGAAUAUUUUCUUGGCCGGAUACACUCAAUCAGGCAAAUUAGAGCACACAAGAAAAUUAUUCCUGAAUAUGCCAGAUCACAGCCAGGUGUCGUGGAAUAUCCUCUUGGCAGCAAAUGCCGCUACAGGGCAUUUGUUUCAGUUAAAGAGUUUGUUCGAUACGAUGCCCGAUACUGACGCCGCGUCGUGGACCACACUUCUCGCCACGUAUGUCCAAUCCGACCGCUCGAUAGCCGCUGACGUGUACGGCCAGAUGAAGAUGCUCUUCUCGCCCGACGACGUCAGCAUCGUGUCCGCGCUCAUCGCUUGCGGCCACGGCGGGAAGGUCCAGCAAGGGAGGGAUUGCUUUGUGUCCAUGAGUCUGGAUUUUGGAUUGGUGCCGAGCAAGCAGCACUACUGCUGCAUGAUCGAUCUCCUGGCGCGAUCGGGUCGGCUGGACAGCGCGAUCGAUCUCGCGGAGAGCAUGCCCUUUGAGGCGAGCAGGAUCGAAUUGAUGUGCCUGGUGGGCGCUUGCGGCAGCCAGAGAGAAAUCCGGCGAGGAGGAGAGGCGAGCAAGAUCGCCCUCGAAUUUAAUCCGGGCGAUGGAAGGGCGAUGAUCUGGAGGCCAAAGACUGUGACAAUGCAGUACAUGGUUUUGUUCUCCCACCGUAUGGUUUUGCUCCCUGUACGGACGGGUGUGUUCAAUUCUGGGAAAGAUUCGAGGAAUAUGCCUACCAUCGGCCGCGGUAUCCCAGAAGCAGGAUGUGGCGGUGACCAUCCCCGCACCGUUCUUCUGCAUUAUCAAGCACGUCACUUAAACAAGGAGAGAAUAUCAGUGAUGCCUCCAAGAAAGUUGGAAAAUCUUUUUCUUGGAUGGAGUUUGGAUCCGUCCGAGAAAGUUGGGGAGCUUGUUGCAAACCUUGUCGUGCCUAAACUGGUUGCUUCCGAGCGAUUGAUCCAGCGCGUCUUUGAUGAUACCAUUGAUCUCGUCUGGAAGAAACCUCGGCUGGAAGAAAGUUUGUCUUUGGGGACAAAGGAUUAA